GCCGGAACCUUUGGCGCUGCCCUACGUUGCUUGGAGGGAGGAUGAAAAAGUGGGACCGGGACUGCUUCGCCGGAAGUUUCCAUUCCGGCAGCACCCCCCGAGCCCGAACCGAAACGGAAUGGUGAUUUGAUCCAACAUGCUGAUAGCACGUCUGACGUCUCAGAUCGCGAAGGCAUCGUGGCUGACAGGACGGUUUCUGUCGAGAGCGGGACCCUCCGCUUCGCUUUGGAGUCCCGGCGUCGCUUCGGCCCGUUACAGUACACUCCCCUCGAACAAAAAUGGCGCCUCCUUCCAGCAGUGGUACACGCUGGACCCCGAACUGGAGGAGAUGCUGGUACCCAGGAAGAUGUCCAUCUCUCCCCUCGAAAGCUGGCUGACGGUCCAGUAUUCCCUCCCCAAAGAAGGCGUCCUCGUCAGCGUUUACGAGCAGCUGAGUCCCGACCCUGCCCGAGAGUACGAGCUUCCCCCAUGCGGCCGGGGCGAUCCAGAGGGCGAUUUGGGCAGCCAGCAGCGUCACAACCCCGUGGAGUGCAAGAACGUGCUGAAGAUCCGGAGACGGAAAAUGAAUCACCAUAAGUACAAGAAGCUGAUGAAGCGGACCAAGUUCCUCCGUCGGAAGAUCAAGGAAGGCCGACGGAAGAGAAAACAGAAAAGAUUCGAGCGCGAUCUGGAGCGCAUUUGGAGGGGGGCCGGCUUGGAGAAGCCCCCGGAGGGAUGGGUGGCCCCCAAGAUCUAUCUCCGAAAUGUGAAGUCCGAUUGACGUCCUUUCCGUAGACUUUUUUUUUUUGCUGUGUUUAAUUAAAUAGUAUUUAAAAGAGA